GCAGCCAGCAGUACUGUACGGCUAUUAAACAAGCCCAGAGCUUUGCUGGCUGGCUGGCUGGCUUGCCGCUGCUCCUCUCCUCUCCUCUCCUCGCUAGCUCCCCCCAAGCGAGCACGCCGCCCACCACGAUGCCAGCGCGCACGGGAGCCGGCUGCUCCGCCUCCGCCUCCUCUCCGCUCCCGCACCACUAGCGCGGGAGCCCGAUGGCGAGCAGCAGGGGGAGGCUGAGGCUCUCCCCGCGCGCGGCGGCGCCGCAGCUGGACGCGGGCAAGUACGUGCGGUACACGGCGGAGCAGGUGGAUGCGCUGGAGCUUGCCUACGGCGAGUGCCCCAAGCCCAGCUCGCUGCGCCGGCAGCAGCUCAUCCGGGACUGCGCCGUCCUCACCAACGUCGAGCCCAGGCAGAUCAAGGUCUGGUUCCAGAACCGCAGGUCAGUCGCCUCGCCUCGCCCCGUCCGUCCGUCCGUCCGUCUUUGUCAGUUUUUUUAAGGGAAAAACUACUUGGCUUAUCUGCUCUUGCAAAUGCCAUGCCGUUCGUGGCGACGUUGACUUGCCUCUUCCGCGGCGGAUUAAAAGCCGGACAGCAGUUUUGUUCUUGGUGGCGACUGCCGCCUCACUCCCACAGUGGACGAAUCAAGAACUAGAAUAACGACACCUUUUAAGCGAAAAGCUUUGGUAGAUGCAGACACAUCUCUUUCAGCUAGCUAGCUAGGCUAAUGUAAUGGUUCACAUACAUUUGGUUCGUGCAUAGUAUCCGUUUUGUCUCUUUUACUCCACCUUUUUCCCAUACAUCCCUACCCUGUGCUCAUGCCAUAAGAGGAUGUCACUGAGAUGCCUUCUUUCUGUUCAUUCUUGGUUGUAUGCCAGUCAACAACUACAACGGGAUCCCGUGCAUUGGAAGCCGAUGCCGGGAGAAGCAGCGGAGGGAGUCCUCUCGUCUGCAGACCGUCAACCGGAAGCUGGGUGCCAUGAACAAGCUGUUGAUGGAGGAGAACGACCGGCUGCAGAAGCAGGUGUCCCGUCUCGUCUUCGACAACGGGUAUAUGAAGAAUCGGCUCCACAGUCCUUCUGUAGCCACCACCGACACAAGCUGCGAGUCUGUGGUGACAAGUGGUCAGCACAAGCAGCAGCAAAACCCAGCAGUUCUGCAUCCUCCACAAAGGGAUGCGAACAACCCAGCAGGUCUACUCGCUAUUGCUGAGGAGACAUUGGCGGAGUUCAUGUCCAAGGCGACCGGAACUGCUGUCAACUGGGUGCAGAUGGUUGGGAUGAAGCCUGGUCCGGAUUCCGUUGGAAUCAUCGCUGUUUCGCACAACUGCAGCGGCGUAGCAGCACGAGCUUGCGGCCUUGUGAGCCUCGAGCCCACAAAGGUUGCCGAGAUCCUUAAGGAUCGCGCAUCGUGGUAUCGCGAUUGUCGGCGUGUUGAUAUCCUCCAUGUUAUCCCUACGGGUAACGGUGGAACGAUUGAGCUGAUCUAUAUGCAGACUUAUGCACUGACAACUCUGGCGGAACCGCGCGACUUUUGGACACUACGAUACACUAGUGGUCUUGACGAUGGCAGUCUUGUGAUCUGCGAAAGGUCAUUGACCCACUCCACUGGAGGUCCUUCUGGACCUAAAACUCCAGAUUUUAUAAGAGCUGAGGUGCUUCCUAGUGGUUAUCUGAUUCGACCUUGUGAUGGGGGAGGUUCCAUGAUUUACAUUGUGGAUCAUGUUGAUCUGAAUGCUUGUAGUGUCCCUGAGGUUCUUCGACCGCUCUAUGAAUCUCCUAAGAUACUGGCACAAAAGAUGACUGCUGCGGCGUUGCGUCACAUUAGGCAAAUUGCACACGAAUCAAGUGGUGAAACGCCCUAUGGUGCUGGGCGACAGCCAGCUGUUCUCAGAACUUUCAGUCAAAGGCUCAGCAGAGGCUUCAAUGAUGCUGUGAGUGGCUUUCCAGACGAUGGCUGGUCUUCUUUGUUGAGCAGUGAUGGUGCUGAGGAUAUUUCAAUUACAAUCAACUCAUCUCCAAACAAACUUAUUGGGUCUGAUGUCAGCCCUUCCCCAUUCUUUUCUGCCAUGGGGGGCGGCAUCAUGUGCGCAAAAGCGUCAAUGCUACUGCAGAAUGUGCCACCUGCUCUACUUGUGCGAUUUUUGAGGGAGCAUCGCUCUGAAUGGGCUGACCCUGGUGUUGAUGCUUAUUCCGCUGCCUCUCUGAGGGCCAACCCAUAUAAUGUUCCGGGUUUAAGGGCUGGUGGGUUUAUGGGCAACCAGGUUAUACUACCCCUUGCACGCACCGUGGAGCAUGAAGAGUGCUUGGAGGUUAUUCGACUUCAAGGACAUGGCUUUAGCCAUGACGAGGUUCUUAUGUCCCCGGAUAUGUUUCUUCUGCAGUUGUGCAGCGGCAUCGAUGAGGAUGCGCCGGGUGCUUGUGCACAGCUUGUCUUCGCUCCUAUCGAUGAAUCUUUUGCUGACGAUGCACCGUUGCUACCCUCUGGCUUCCGUGUGAUACCGCUUGAUGCUAAGACGGAUGUGCCAUCUGCCACACGUACCCUUGACCUUGCUUCUGCGCUCGAGGUCGGAUCAGGCGGAGGUCUGUGUGCUUUAAGCGAUAGCGGGUCAGGCACGCGCAGCACGAGGUCGGUCCUGACCAUCGCCUUCCAGUUCUCGUUCGAGAACCACCUCCGCGAGAGCGUGGCAGCGAUGGCCAGGCAGUAUGUCAGGGCAGUGAUGGCGAUCGUGCAGAGGGUGGCCAUGGCGAUUUCUCCCUCUCGCCUUGGCCCGCAUGUCGAACUGAAGCAUCCGCCAGGCUCUCCCGAGGCACUCGCACUAGCUUCGUGGAUUGGCAGGAGCUACAGGGCGCACACUGGAACGGAGAUCCGCUGGUCGGACACUGAAGACGCGGCGGGCUCUCCCCUGACGCUGUUCUGGAAGCACAGCGACGCCAUAAUCUGCUGCUCUCUAAAGCCGGCUUUCACACUCAAGUUCGCCAACAGCGCCGGCUUCGACAUACUGGAGACGACGGUCGCGAACGUCCAGGACCUGCAGCUGGAGGCGGUCCUUGAUGACGGGGGACAGAAGGCCCUGGUCGCACAGCUCCCCAAGAUCAUGCUGCAGGGCCUGGCGUACCUCCCCGGCGGCGUGUGCAGGUCGAGCAUGGGGCGGCAGGCGUCGUACGAGCAGGCGGUGGCGUGGAAGGUGGUGGGCGACGACGGCGCGCCGCAGUGCCUGGCGCUCAUGUUCGUCAACUGGACCUUCAUCUGAUGCUCCUCCGCUCUUGACGUUCACAGCCUCGUGCCUCGCUCGGCAGCGCUAGAUCGGUUGCCGCCUUUAUCCUAUCCUAUCCGACUACGUAUUACUAGUUGCUUUCCGUUGCACCUGUGUGCUACAACUGCUCGAGACAAUGCCCCUGCUGUCUGUUUAUGGCCUAAGUCUACUGUGGUGGAUCGGGAGUUGGAGAACAAUGCCCCUGCUGUCUGUUUAUGUGUGAGACUUAACCCUAUUACUACUGCUGUUAUCAUUGAAUCUUUGUGAUCUUUUGUGUCA